AUGACUUACGGCGAAAUCGACCAAUUGGCUAUCAACACCAUCCGUAUUUUAGCGGUAUGUUAAUUUUUUUGCGGCUUAACAGCUAUUUCCUCUCGUCUCCUUCCCCACGCCUCGGUGAACAAGGCUGAACUCCUUUGUUUCUAGAUCGAUGCUACUUCCGCAGCAAACUCCGGCCACCCUGGUGCGCCCAUGGGAAUGGCACCGGUUUCUCAUGUUCUUUUUAACAAGUGGGAUUCUCAACAUGCUACUGAUGCUUCCUUGGUGCUGAAUUUCUGAUACGAUGGAUAUCUAAAGGUUCAUGAAGUUCAAUCCUAAGAACCCCUCAUGGGUCAAUCGGGACCGAUUUGUUCUGUCGUAAGUUUGUCCGAGCCCUUUGCCCAUACGGCACAAGUUUGAAAUGGCGGCAUAGACAACCACCGAACUAACCUUUGCAGUAAUGGCCACGGUUGCAUGCUUCAAUAUGCUUUGUUGCACCUUUUUGGCUACGAUCUCAGCAUUGACGACUUGAAGGCUUUCCGUGUAAGUUAAUAAAUACUGCAUUACCUACCGAGUGGUGUUUGCGCCGGGAUAUAAGAGCCGAGAGGGGCCCUCCAUAUGGGGGAAUCUUCUGAUUUCGCCUAUUUGAGCACGCUGCUGCCUAUUUCUACGACAUCUGAUAUGUGUUGCUAACUGUGUCGUAGCAAAUUGGGUCUAGGACACCUGGCCACCCCGAGGCAGCUGAUACCCCCGGUGUCGAAGUUACCACCGGUCCUCUCGGCCAGGGUUUCUCCAAUGCUGUCGGUCUCGCCAUUGCUCAAGCCCACACUGCUGCCGUCUUCAAUAAGCCCGGAUAUAACCUUGUUGACAAUUACACAUACCUGUACUUUGGCGAUGGGUGUGCUAUGGAGGGUAUUUCUUCCGAGGCGGCUUCGACUGCUGGCCAUUUGCAAUUGGGUAACCUUAUUGCUAUCUAUGAUGACAAUCAUAUCUCGAUUGUAAGACAUUUUAGUGGCAAAGUUGUGGAAUGGCCUUACUAAUGGUUUACAGGAUGGUGACACCAAUUGUGCUUUCACUGAGGAUGUCCUGAAGAGAUUCGAGGCUUAUGGAUGGCACACUCUUCAUGUCGAAGACGGAGACCACGAUCUCGAGGGAAUUGAGAAGGCCAUUGCCAAGGCCAAGGCUGUGACCAACAAGCCAUCUGUUAUCAAGCUUACUACUACCAUCGGCUUCGGCUCCAAGCUCGCGGGAACCGGAGGUGUUCACGGAAACCCUCUUAAGGCUGACGAUGCCAAGGGUGUUAAGACUAAGUUCGGAUUUGAUCCUGAGAAGAGCUUCGACGUUCCUUCCAAGGUUUAUGAGGCUUAUGGAGAAACAGCUUCUAAGGGAGCUGCUGCUGAACAGGAAUGGAAGCAGCUGUUUGCCAAGUACAGAAGCGAAUAUCCCAAAGAAGCAGAGGAUUUCGCAAGAAGACUUGAUGGAAGACUACCCGAAGGCUGGGAGAAGAAUUUGCCAACGUACAGCCCCUCUCCUUUUGCUCCAAGUAUAAUGCGGCUGUGUGCUAAUAGGGGUUUUUACUAGAUAUAAACCCACUGACGCUGCUGUUGCCUCUCGGAAACUUUCGGAGACUGUUCUCUCUAAAUUAUACCCCAUUAUUCCGGAGCUUGUUGGUGGCUCCGCCGACUUGACCGGGUCCAAUCUCACCAGGGCAAAGGAAGCAAUUGACUUCCAGCCUCCCUCAACUGGGCUUGGGGAAUAUGGCGGUCGUUAUAUUAGAUACGGUGUACGUGAGCAUGCCAUGGCUGGUAUCAUGAAUGGCCUUGCUGCAUAUGGCACUAUUAUCCCUUUCGGUGGAACCUUCUUGAACUUUGUGUCCUACGCUGCUGGCUCCGUAAGACUAAGUGCUUUGAGCCAUGUCCGGUGCAUCCACGUUGCAACCCACGAUUCGUACGUAUAGCCCCGAGCACUCUGUUUUUAGCCAUGCGCAAUAAACCGAACUUCUAUAGCAUCGGCCUUGGUGAAGAUGGACCUACCCAUCAGCCUAUCGAGACAUUGGCUCACUUCCGUGCUCUACCUAAUUGCAUGGUCUGGCGGUAUGUUUUCACAAUUCCUUACGAUUUCUCCCUCACAGCAGAGGCUAACGGUCCCCAAGCCCUGCAGAUGGGAAUGAGGUUUCCGCUGCCUACUAUGUGGCCCUUACCUCGAAGCAAACACCAAGCAUUAUCGCUCUUAGCAGACAAAACCUUCCACAGCUUCAGAACUCCACUAUCGAGCGAGCUAUCAAGGGUGGAUAUGUUGUUGUUGAGGCAGAGAAUGCCGACGUUACCCUUAUCUCUACCGGUAGUGAAGUGGGCAUCUGUGUUGACACUGUCAAAUACCUCAAGGAUAACCACAACCUUACCGCAAGAGUAGUUUCGCUUCCCUGCUGGGAAGUUUUUGACGCUCAAGACAAGGGGUACAGAUUAUCCGUCAUCCCGGAUGGCAUCCCAGUUCUGUCGGUCGAGGUUAUGAGCACAUUGGGUUGGGAGAAGUUUUCGCAUGAGCAAUUUGGACUAAAUCGAUUUGGUGCUUCCGGUCCUUAUAAGCAGGUAUGUGCCUGCGGGCAUUCAAGUUGUUUCGGGGUUGCAACAGCUGACAUGGGGUAAAGGUCUACGAGAAGUUUGAGUUCACGCCCGCGGGGAUCUCCAAGCGUGCUGUCGCUACGGUUGGCUUCUGGAAGGAGGUUAAACCUAUCAGAAGCCCUAUCAACAGGGCUUUCACUCAGUUGAUCUAAAUACUCUUCUAGAUCCAAAGGGGGUUCAGAUAGUUCUCGAAUAGAAAACUACUUUUAAGCUUUUUACCAUUUCGUAUUGCUUUUUGGGGGGAUUCUGCAUUGGGUCUGCCGUAAGGAAUUAUCAACGGACUCUAGCAACCCAUUCUCCAAAGUGAAUUGCGUGUUAUCUUGAGACUAUCGAUACCGGUAUCCGUCAUUGUGGUAAAUAGCUACAUACCGGUACCACCGGCAUGCGGAGGACUUAACCACCUUAUUACGCGUAGGGUAAUCAAAAAUACGUAUAUUAUAAUAUUAUACUGUAUAUUAUUUGACAAAUUAUUCAUACAAUACAAGAAGAUACAUACAUG